AUGGAAGAGCUCACCGGCGAUGUCGUCAGCCUACGGCGACGGAUGGAUCCGGAGAGCCACGUCAGGGAGGAGUGCCGCCUUCGCGUGCCCUCGAUGCAGCAACUGGCCCAGAUACCGAAGGACAUCAACCCGCGCGGUUACAGCAAGUGGCCGCUUGAGCGCUUUGUGCGCGCCGCGUACGAGGGCGAUGUGGAGCUUCUGAAAAAGAUGCUCGAUCGCGAGGACCCCAUUGAUGGCUACCACCAUGACUUCAAUGAGCAUCACAAGCCCGAUGGCUUCAAUGCGCUGCAUGUAGCGGCAACUGCCGGCCAGCUAGAGGCAGUGCAGAUGCUGCUGGAUGCGGGAGCCGACCCGCACGUCAAGCGGUGUAUGCCCGAAGGCAAAGAUCCCAGGGAGGGCGAGACGGCGCGGGAGAUGGCAGACAAGCACGGGUGGGACGACAUCGUGGCCCUGCUCAAGGCCGCAGAGGACAAGCGGCCAAGGGGGCUGUACAAAGAGUUCGGCCCCAACAACAACGCCAAGCUUUGGCCCAUCGACCGCCCGGAGGGCCUCGAUCCGGAGCAGGAGAAGCGUGCGAAGGCGGCCUAUCGGAAAAUGAUGAAGGGCCUGCCCAGCAAGGAAGACCGGCUCUUCUACGGGGACCUGGUGUUUGGGGUCAACUUUGGCACGGAUCCACGUGGGCGCCCCAUUCAGAAGAAGAAGCCGGUCCUCAACGGGCUGCCUGCUGCGGAGGAGUAG